AUGGCUGAAAUGAGUGUUAACAACUUAGAUAACACAACCAUUAUUCAGCAAGCAAUAGCCUCUUGUUGUGGAGCUAUAAUACAUCUUGAGCUUAAUGAUGGUGAUGAUAAGGUUGAGUGUUUAUGGGUAGCAAUCAGGGGGAAGGCCAACAAGGCAGAUAUCAUGGAUGCAUUUGUGAAACUUAUUCAAACAGAGGGAAUUAAAUCACUGUGGAGUGGACUUCCUCCAACACUAAUAAUGGCACUUCCUACCACAGUAAUCUGUUUUACCUGCUAUGACCAACUGAGUGAAGCUCUGAAAUCUAGAGUAGGAAAGGAUGAGGAACACAUUCCAAUUAUUGCAGGUUGCUUAAGCAGAUUUGGUACAGUUUCUGUAGUGAACCCCCUGGAGCUGAUCAAUACUAGUAUGCAGUAUCGCAGGUUGUCCUACAAGCAACUGUACACAUGUAUCAGCAAUAAAGUGGCUGCAGACGGGUGGUUUUCCCUGUGGAGGGGCUGGAGUUCUACUGUUCUGAGAGAUGUGCCUUUCUCGGCAACAUACUGGUAUAAUUAUGAACGUUUCAAGAGGAUGAUGUGUAAGGAGCUUGGUGCACAUGAACCAACACUUUUUAUUGCUUUUACUUCAGGAGCAGCAUCUGGCACUAUUGCAGCUGUCAUAACUCAGCCAUUUGAUGUAGUGAAAACAUAUAGGCAGACUGAACUUUGGGAGAGCAAGACCUUAAAAAUUCCACAGAGGGACUGUAUAUCAACCUGUGCAGUUAUGAGGAAAAUUGUUGCUAAAAACGGGAUUGCUGGAUUAUUUGCUGGUGUUACUCCACGGCUGUUUAAAGUUGCUCCUGCUUGUGCUAUAAUGAUCAGCACAUAUGAAUAUGGGAAGUCCUUCUUCUCUCAUUUAAAUGAAAAAAUGAACCAACAUCCUUAA